AUGGCUCUUUCCGCAGGGAACGCCAUCCUUUCUCUGACGGAGCAGUUGAGUGUGCCACCUAAAGCAUCCCUGCAAAUACUCGGGACACACAAUGUCAAUAAAGACAACAAUAUUAUGGAUUUUGAUAUCUGGGUCGACUGCCCGAAAGCAGUCGGUAUACGAUCGGCCAAGUUCCUGACAGAGAAUGAUGUGGAACCUCGCUGUUGGAACUACUCCGCUGACCGCGAUAACAGCGACCCCGAAGAUAUAUUGGGCGGAUGGCGUGAUGAUCGGUUAAACCAUGAUGAUGCAGAUGAUCGAAGCUGGAGUCUUCACAAAUCAGGUCAUUUUCUAGAUGAGGAUUGCACUGCUCUCAGAAUUCAUAUCGAGCGCCUGGCACAGAAGACCGCCUACGGCGGUUCUGUCGAGGUGUCGUUGCAUACCCCUUCAAUACAAUCGGAAGCAGGAAAUAAUGCGUCAGCUGAGAAGAGAAAUAAUGCACAUAUGUUUGUGGAAUGGACCUUCGAGUGUCCUUUCACCCCUACCGAUCAGGUAUGGAGUGAGCUGGUCAUGAACGCGAUGGUGGAUCAUAAGAAAGGCUGGAUCGAGCCACAUGCACCAAGGCCUUCGCACGGAAUGUCUCCUUUUCGGAGGGCAAUGAGAGCCAACGGUACUUCCCGUGUUGUAUCGCGGGAGCAGAAUGCGAAUGGGGUAACGCAUUCAGUGAGGCAGUUCUCUUCCUGGGGUGGUGACAGUUCCGCGUGA